AUGGCUGAACGUGACACGAUGCCUGAUCCGACUUCUACACCCGUUGUUGAAUGGACAUGGCGUUCGUUUUCCUGGUCUUACUUUGAGGUCCUUCAUCUUGUUUCUGCUGUUGUAGGUAUCAUCGGAAACUUCUUGGUGAUCCAGGUCCUCAAUCGUCGACGAGCAGCUGAGAGCCGUUCGACGGAUACCCUGAUAGGUGCCCUUGCAGUUGCCGACUUCUUGACGUCUAUUUUUAUCAUCCCUUUACCCUCAGCAGCAAUAGUCCCAACAACACACCUUGGAAAGCUCUACUGCAAGAUGACACUUCCAGGGUUCUUUCUCUUCGUAUCCUUUACGUCGUCCAUCUACAUCCUGACCACAAUAUCAGUAGAACGGUUCCUGGCCAUCGCCUACCCCCUGCGCUUCAAUCAGCUUAUGGCUCGGAAACGCAUCCUUGGUAUCGUCAUCUCUAUGAUCUGGAUCACCUCGAUUGUUGUCUAUGUCAUCUUUAUUGCUACAACGGUCAGUGUCGAUCCUGUCAAACACACAUGCAUCUUGAGUUUCUCGUCACCCGCCUGGAAAGCCGUGUAUGGCUACUUCAUGUUCAGUUUCCGCCUCUUGUUCCCCUGCAUUAUUAUGCUGGUCACCCAAGUGGCCAUUGUCCGAGCUUUGCAACGUAGUUCUGUACGCUUUAAAGGUCAGAUGGCAGUGUCAUUCCACGUCAAAGCCCGCAAUCGCGUCCUCAAGCUCAUGCUCGUCGUCAUCAUCAUCUACGUUCUCACCUGGGGACCCGGUCAGGUGAGUUUCUUUCUCUUUACCAUUGGUGUCUUGCCACCAUCUUACAUCGGGAGUACACUCCACACGUCCAUCAUUCUCCUGACGACGUUGAACUCGUGCAUGAAUCCUGUGAUCUACAUCGCCUGGUUCAGAGAGUUCCGCGUUGCCUUGAAGCAGAUGUUCUCCUGCCAAAAGCGCGGAGAUUCAUCUCCAGUCUUUGAUAAUGUUCCCGAAUCAACCACAGCCACAUCAACCACGCAAAGAUCUGACAGUAAUAUUUAA